AUGAGUGCCGACCAAAACCACCCAUCUGCUUCUUCUUCAUCUUCUCCCUUUUACUACCAACAGCAACAGCAACAGCAACAGCAGCAGCAGCAGCAGCAAGUUGAAAACGACCAAGACAAUAUUCAAUUGAAACCACCUAUACAAAAGAUGAGAUCCUUUGAUACAGCAGACUCUUCUGACGGUGGCAGGACCAUGCCAGAAGAUUUCGAAGAAGGAUUAGGCCUACUCAACCACGAAGCUCGUCCACAGCCUAGAAACAUCAACAACUUUGUGCCUGAUUAUUCAUUUUCAUCAAUGAAUAACAAUGCGUAUGCAGCUGAUGAAUCCACUGAAAUGCUGGAGCAACAGACGGUGGUGGAUGGAAAAGAAGUGUAUACAGCAGAUAGAGUAGAAAACUCGCACCAAGAAGGUUUUCGUCGCUCAGCCAUGAAAGAGAAACAAAAGAAACCACCUCGAAAAAGCGUCAAAGACACCAUCAAGGGCCUAUUCAGCCGAGGAAAAGAUGUGACAGAUGGCUCACCUCGUAUCAUCCACAUCAAUAACAAAGAGCUCAACAGUCAACAGAAAUUCAUGGCAAAUUCAGUGUCUACAGCAAAAUACAAUCUAUUCACAUUUCUGCCCAAGUUUCUCUAUGAAGAAUUUAGUAAAUCAGCCAAUGUGUUCUUUUUAUUCAUUUCUGGCAUCCAGCAAAUUCCCAACAUCUCACCCACAUCAAAAUAUACAACACUUGUACCACUUAUCAUUGUGCUGUUAAUCACAGCCAUCAAAGAGAUUAUCGAAGACUUUGGAGUACACAAAUCUGAUCGAGAGUUGAACUCACGCAAAUGCAAAAUAUACGACGGAUCACAGUUUGUGGAUAAACCGUGGCGAGAUCUUCAAGUAGGCGACAUUUGUCGAAUCGACAAUUCACAAUUCUUUCCUGCAGAUCUGAUAUUACUGAGUAGCUCCGAACCAGAAGGCCUUUGCUACAUUGAAACCAGUAAUCUGGAUGGCGAAGUCAAUCUCAAGAUCAAGCAAGCGUUACCAGAGACAGCGAUACACACUUCACCCGCACAGCUAUCCACCAUGUCAGGUGUUGUGAAAUCAGAACAACCCAACAACCGACUUUACAAUUACGAUGGUACACUGACUACAGCUAACCAUGGCAUUGGUGGAGGCAAAUCAAAGGACUACCCAUUGGAUCCAAGCAUGUUGUUGCUGAGAGGAGCUCAGUUAAGGAACACAAGCUGGAUCUAUGGUUUGGUGGUGUUUACAGGACAUGAGACAAAACUGAUGCUGAAUUCAAGCAAGAAGCCUACAAAGGCCUCCAAUGUCACUCGCAUCACCAAUAGAAACAUCUUGUACCUAUUUGCCAUGCUCGUUGCUAUGAGUAUCUUGUGUUCGGUGGGUAGUUACGCCAUCUCUAAAAAGGAUGGUGAUGCGAGGGACUACAUGAUGAUUCCAGAUGCCGAGCUUGGUAAAGAGUUUGGCUUGAAUAUUCUGACGUUUAUGAUUCUAUUCAACAGUUUCAUUCCCAUCAGUUUGAUGGUUACCAUGGAGAUUGUCAAGUACAUUCAAGCCGUCAUGAUUGACAACGAUCUCGACAUUUACUACGAAAAGACAGACACUCCCGCAGUGGCCAGAAGCAGUAGUUUAAUUGAAGAAUUGGGACAAGUAGAAUAUGUAUUUUCAGACAAGACAGGCACGUUGACUUGCAAUGAGAUGGAGUUCCGGCAGUGCUCCAUCGGUGGAUUAUCUUACGCAACGGUACCAGAUCCUGACAAACGACCGACAUCCGACAGCGACCCCAAUGGACAGUACUCUUUUCAGCAAUUGGAAACGCAUUUGGAGACUUCACCAGAUCAGUAUGUUAUCAAUGAGUUCUUGACCUCUUUGAUGACAUGCCAUACUGUAAUUCCAGAGAUGAAUGAAGAACUAGGCAAGAUCAUCUAUCAAGCAUCCUCACCUGAUGAGGCUGCAUUAGUGAAUGGUGCCAGCGAUGUCUUUGGCUACCAAUUUACAGCACGCAAGCCUCAUUCUAUCACCUGCCUGCGCAAGGGCUUCGAAGAAGAAUACCAAAUUCUGAACGUAUGUGAAUUCAAUUCAACCCGCAAACGCAUGUCGGUUGUGUUGCGUGGUCCUGAUGGCAGAGUAAAGCUGUAUUGUAAAGGCGCGGAUACUGUGAUUUUGGAGCGUCUGUCCAAGGACAAUCCCUUUGUGGAGCCAACAUUGGCACACUUGGAAAGCUAUGCCUGCGAAGGCUUGCGUACCCUGUGCUUUGCUAUGCGUGAUAUCUCUGAUAGUGAAUACAUGGAUUGGGCUGCCAUCUACGAAAAGGCGUCGACAACACUAGUAAACCGUGCUCAAGAAUUGGACAAUGCUGCAGAACUGAUUGAAAAGGACAUGUUCUUGUUGGGUGCCACUGCUAUUGAGGACAAAUUGCAAGACGGUGUGCCAGACACCAUUCAUACACUGCACGAAGCAAACAUUAAGGUGUGGGUACUGACUGGUGAUAGGCAGGAGACGGCUAUCAAUAUUGGCUACAGCUGCAAACUGUUGACAGAGGAGAUGGAUUUGAUUAUUUGCGACGAACAAGACCACAUGUCUACUAGAGCGUUCUUGGAAGAUAAGCUUGCACAUGUCAUGACUUUAUCUGAACAUAUGGAGCACGAUCCAUUUGCCUUGAUCAUUGAAGGAAAAGCACUGACAUAUGCACUGGAAAAAGACCUGGAAAAGACAUUUUACGACCUGGCUACUCGCUGCAAAGCUGUUGUGUGCUGUCGUGUCUCUCCUUUACAGAAAGCCCUUGUGGUCAAGGUCGUCAAAAAGUUCUCCAAGUCGAUUCUUUUGGCUAUUGGUGAUGGUGCCAAUGAUGUAUCCAUGAUCCAAGCAGCUCAUGUUGGCAUUGGCAUCAGUGGUGUUGAAGGCUUGCAAGCUGCUCGCAGUGCGGAUUUCGCUAUAUCGCAAUUCAGGUUCUUGAAGAAACUAUUGCUUGUGCAUGGUGCUUGGGCUUAUCAGAGGUUGAGUAAGAUGAUUUUUUUCUACUUUUACAAGAACGUAGCCAUGUAUCUGACACAGUUUUGGUAUGCCAUAUUCAAUGGAUUCUCGGGCCAAACUUUGUACGAGUCAUGGACCAUGUCUUGUUUCAAUGUGUUUUUCACCUUUUUACCGCCAAUGGCUAUUGGUAUAUUUGAUCAAUUUGCAUCAGCACGACUCUUGGAUAAAUACCCUCAAAUGUACAUUCUUGGACAAAAGAACGAAUUCUUCAAUCAAAAGAGAUUUUGGGGCUGGAUUGUGAAUGCAGUGUAUCACUCUGCCUUGCUGUACUUUAUUGGCAUGGCUGCAUUUGUAGACGACUCUGUGUUUACAGCAGGCUUCUCGGGUGGGCAAUGGUGGGUGGGUACAACCAUCUUUUCUGCUACAUUGGCUACUAUUUUAUGGAAAGCAGCAUUGAUCACAGACAUUUGGACAAAAUACACUUUUAUUGCUAUUCCUGGAUCUAUGGUGAUCUGGUUCAUCUUUCUGCCACUGGUUGCUUAUGUUGGACCUCUGUUGCCCUGGGAGAUCUUUCAAGAAUACUACGGCAUUGUACCAUUGCUCUUUGGCAAUGUCAAUUUUUGGCUCUUUUUCAUUGUUGUGCCCCUGGCAUGUGUCUUGCGUGAUUACAUUUGGAAAUAUAUCAAGCGUAUGUAUCGACCUCAAAGCUACCACUAUAUUCAAGAGAUCCAAAAGUACAAUUUCCCCGAUUACAGACCUCGUAUGGAUCGAUUCCGUCGUGCAGUCAACAAGGUGCGCAAAAUCCAAAGACUCAAGCAAUCAAGAGGCUUUGCAUUUGCUCAAAAUGAGACUGAUCAAUCAAGGAUCAUCCGAAUGUACGACACAACGCAACAAAAACCAUCUGGUUAA